AUGAGCCAAAUUCCGUUGGUUUCACAGUACGAUCCGUACGGCCAGACUGCCCAACUACAGCAGCUGCAGCAGCAGCAACAACAACAUAUUCCGCCGGCGCAGAUGAACCCCGAGCCCGAUGUGCUGCGCAACCUCAUGGUGAACUACAUUCCGACGACAGUGGAUGAGGUGCAACUGCGUCAACUGUUUGAACGCUAUGGACCCAUUGAGUCGGUUAAAAUUGUUUGUGACCGCGAGACACGCCAGAGCCGUGGCUAUGGAUUUGUGAAGUUUCAGAGCGGUUCGAGUGCCCAACAGGCCAUUGCAGGACUGAAUGGAUUCAAUAUCCUCAACAAGCGGUUGAAGGUAGCGCUGGCGGCCAGUGGUCACCAGCGCCCGGGGAUUGCCGGAGCAGUCGGAGACGGCAACGGAUAUCUUGGCGCGUACGGUGGCUACGGCGCAUACCCUUCCGCUGCGAACCCGUACGCGCAGCAGCAGAUGAUGGCAAUGUAUCAGCAGUACAUGAUGCAAGCACCGCAGCAGACGCCCCAUCAAGGCCAACAACAACAGAUGCCGCUGCCUUCCCACCCGCAGCAACAGUCACCCCCGCAGCAGCAACAGCAGUCUCCGUCCUCCCCGCAGCAACAGCCGCAGUCGCAGCAGCAAAGUCAAGCUGCCCGUCCUGUUCGAAGGUAA